AUGCGGUGGAAGAAAGAUCCUUCAACAAUCACCAUGACUAUGGCCGAGGAAGCUCCGUCUAGAGGUCAGGUCGCCCCCAAAUGGCGUGGCACCCAGGCCGAUCAGGCCGAUAUGAGCACUCUGGGACGAGAGCAGGUUCUGCGACGUAACUUCCGAUUUAUCUCCAUCGUAGGGUUUGGCUGCACGCUGAUCGCCACGUGGGAGGUUGUUUUAACUUUACUGACGCAAGGCUUGACCGAUGGAGGAACUGCAGGAUUGAUCUGGGGAUACCUCAUCGUCGCUGCUGGGUUCCUCCUGGUGUUCUUGAGUCUAGCCGAGAUGGCAUCCAUGGCUCCCACCUCUGGUGGGCAAUACCAUUGGGUGUCGGAGUUUGCCCCUCCUAGCUGCCAGAAAUUUCUCAGCUACAUCACUGGCUGGCUGUGCGCCUUGGGCUGGCAGUGUGCCAUUGUGUCAAUUGCUUAUCUGGCUGGAACUAUCAUCCAAGGCAUGAUUGUGCUGAACAAUGCGGAUUACAAUGGCAAGCCGUGGCACGGCACCCUACUGGUGAUCGCUAUCACCUUGUUUUCAAUUAUAUUCAACACCUUCCUGGCUAAGCGGCUGCCCUUCAUUGAGGUGUUGAUUUUGAUUCUGCAUGUGUGCGGUUUAUUCGCCAUCAUAAUUCCGCUGUGGGUGCUUGGACCUCGCCGCAGCGCGAAGCAGGUGUUUACCGAAUUCAAUAACGGCGGCGACUGGAACAGCGCCGGGACUGCCACACUUGUUGGAUUCUCUACCACGAUCACAGCGCUCAUUGGAUAUGAUUGUGCGGUGCAUAUGUCGGAGGAGAUCAAAGAUGCCUCCGAGACUCUACCAAAGGCAAUGAUUACCUCUGUCUGCGUCAAUGCCGCGUGCGGUUUCCUGAUGUUGGUCACGGUGUGCUUCACUCUAGGUGACAUUGACGAGAUACUGGCCAGUCCGACAGGGUACCCGUUCAUGCAGGUGUUCUACAACGCGACAGAGAGUCUGCCGGGAACGAACACUAUGACCGCCAUUCUUGUGCUGACCCUCACAGCGAGCACGAUCACAGAAGUAGCAACGGCAUCGCGCCAGCUGUGGUCUUUCGCGCGUGAUCGAGGCCUUCCUUUCUCCAAGUUCUUCGGAUAUGUAAAUCCCGGCUGGAACAUUCCAUUGAACGCCGUAAUGGUCUCUCUAGCAGUUACAAUUCUCUUGUCGCUCAUCAACAUUGGCUCCACAACCGCGCUUCUCGCUAUCGUGACUCUGACCAUCGGUGCAAUGAUGUCAUCCUACAUCAUCACGAUUGGAUGUGUGCUCCUCAAGCGUAUCAGAGGUCAACCUCUCCCACCGCACAGAUGGACGCUUGGCCGAUUUGGCAUGGCUAUCAAUAUAGGAGCGCUGUGCUUCCUGUGUCCGGUGUUUGUGUUCGCCUUUUUCCCGCUUACCUCGAAAGUAGAGCCGGAGACUAUGAACUGGUCCGCUGUGAUGUACGGGGGGAUUAUGAUGAUUGCGGUGGUGUAUUAUGUAUUCCGGGGACGGCAUCAUUACAUUUCACCUGUCGCACUGGUGAAGCGAGAAAUGUAA